AUGGCCGAGCCGGGGCCGGAGCCCGGGCGUGCCUGGCGGGUGCUCGCCCUGUGCGGGGUGGCCGUGUUCCUGGCUGCGGCAGCAGCCGGCGGGGCCCUGGUAGCCUGGAAUCUGGCCGCCUCAGCUGCUCGGGGACCUCGCUGCCCGGAGCCAGGGGCCAAUGCCACGGCGCCGCCCGGGGACCCGCCGCCUGGGGUCGACGAGCUGCGGCGCCGGCUGGCAGAGGCUGCCGAGCGGGAGGAGGCCCUAGCCAGGCAGCUGGACCAGGCGGAAAGUAUCCGGCACGAGUUGGAGAAGGCAUUAAAGGCCUGUGAAGGCCGCCAGAGCCGGCUUCAGACCCAACUAACGGCACUGAAGAUUGAGAUGGACGAAGCCAAGGCACAGGGGACCCAGAUGGGGGCCGAGAACGGGGCGCUGACAGAGGCCCUGGCGCGCUGGGAGGCGGCGGCCACGGAGUCUGCGCGGCGGCUGGACGAGGCUCUGCGGCGCGCAGGCGUGGCGGAGGCCGAGGGCUAAGCCUGCGCGGCCCGGGAGGCGGCGCUGCGCGAACGCCUUAACGCCCUGGAAGCCGAGAUGAGCCCACAGCGCAGAGUGCCCCGGCCGCGUCCCCGCUCGGGGUCCCGACCCCGGCCCAGCCCUCGCUCGCGCUCUCGCUCCGGACCCUCCGGGGGCUGCCGGCGGCCAGCGCGGCGCGCACGAGGACUUACAGAAAAUUUGGUGGAUUAAUCUCCAACUCCUUAACAACACAAAGGUUAUGGGCACCAGUUCUCCAUGCAGUUGAAAAUUCACACAUAACUUUGACUCCUCCAAACUCAAGGCUGG